AUGGCCGGUCUGCCGCCCCCUCUCCCCCCUCCGUCCACGACCACGAGCAAUAGCCCCCACAGUCAGCACCACCACAGUAUCCACCACUUGAUCCGCAGUCGAAGGUCGUCGCAGGACGAGAUUCGGGCCCUCUUGGCCCGGACCACGCAAGCGCUCGACAAGAUCGUGAGCAUCCGCGAGAGUAUGGAAGACGUGGUGGAUUUCAAGCAGUUUGAGGCAAAGGCGCUGCGGCUCUCGCGGCCGUCGCGCGUGAGCUCCAGUAUCGCCGAACUGGGUGCACACUCGGCGCGGUCGACGCCCGCUUCGAGCUACAACAGCACCGAAGCGUCGUCUUCGCUGUCGGAAGACACGUUGGCAGCCGAUCGAUCGACGAAUGCGUCGUCGUCGUCGCUGUCUUCGUCGUCGUCGUCGUCUUCGGCUGGAGCAGAUGACGAGGAGGAAGAGGAGGAGGAGAUGGACGAUGGGGAGCAUGACGUGGAUCGACAUCGAGAGGUCGAGACGAACCGAAGGGAACGUGAUCGACAGCGGGAGCUCGCGAGAGAACGAGGAGCUGCUCGGACGGGUCAUCAUCGGCUGUCGGACGAAGACAUAACGACCACUUCGACGGUCAGUUCGAUCUCGACGGUCGGGGACUUGGCCCCGCUGAAGGAAGCGCGACUGGAUCGACUCAAGGGCAUUAGCAUUUCGUUCCACGAGGGACUGCCAAAGGAGUUUUUCCAGGCCUUGUGUCGGUUCCUCCACUCGGCCCUUGAGAUCAAGACGCGCCACUCGCGGUUCAACUUUUACAAGGAGACGUUUACGGGCGGUGACGCUGUGCGGGAGAUGCUGGUCGCUGGCUUUGCCGAAGACCACCAGACUGCAACGCGGUAUGGCAAUGUCCUGGUGCGACUGGGGUUCAUCGAGCACGUGUCGCGCACGGACGACCAGCUGCACAACUCGAAGGACAACUUCUACCGGUUUACAAAGGUGUUGGAUUACGACGACACGUCGGAGCCUCUCACGUCCGACACGGCCACGCGGCGCCGGACGUCGAUCAAUGCGAGCAACUACCGCGAGUCGGAGCUCUCGAACGAAUCGGCGGAUCUGGUGGACUACGACUUUGCUACUGCGACCGACGAAGUGCACGCGCUCGUGACCGAAGAGGCGUUGCACGUGCUCGCGAACGUGCUGCACAAAGUGUUUGAGCGCAAAAACAAACUGCUGUUUUACAAGGGCUUUGCUGGCUGCUUCCUGGGCGCAGAGGCCGUGAAUGUCAUCCGCGAGAUGCACGUGACGACUACAUUUAUUGACGCAGUGCUCAUUGGACAGGCGCUGGUGGACGAAGGCUUGAUUGAACCGAUUGCUACGACGGUCUCGACGUUCCAGGACAAGUACGUCUUCUACCGUCUGACGAAGCUAUCAUCGUCGUAA